AACCUCUAAACCUGUAUGAGCAAUAGUUACACCGCUAAUCAUCUUUAUCCCCUCUGUGUGUGUGUUUUCAGGUGUAAUAACCGGACGCAGUGUGCCGUCGUGGCCGGACCGGAUGCGUUUCCCGACCCCUGUCCCGGGACGUACAAAUACCUGGAAGUGCAGUAUGAGUGCGUCCCAUACAAGGUGGAACAGAAAGUUUUCUUGUGCCCAGGGCUCCUGCGCGGCGUUUAUCAGAGCGAGCAUCUGUUCGAGUCGGACCACCAGUCAGGAGCUUGGUGCAAAGACCCCCUCCAGGCCUCGGAUAAGAUCUAUUACAUGCCCUGGACGCCGUAUCGCACGGACACCCUCACCGAAUACUCCAGCAAAGAGGAUUUCAUCGCAGGACGACCCACCACGACCUACAAGCUCCCGCAUCGGGUGGACGGCACUGGGUUCGUCGUCUACGACGGAGCGCUGUUCUUCAACAAGGAGCGAACCAGGAAUAUCGUCAAGUUCGAUUUGCGCACUCGCAUCAAGAGCGGCGAGGCCAUCAUCGCUAGCGCAAACUACCACGACACUUCGCCGUAUCGCUGGGGAGGGAAGUCGGAUAUCGAUUUGGCGGUGGACGAGAACGGCCUUUGGGUGAUUUACGCCACAGAGCAAAACAAUGGACGGAUCGUGAUCAGCCAGCUCAACCCGUAUACGUUACGUGUGGAGGGAACUUGGGACACGGCCUACGACAAACGCUCCGCUUCCAACGCCUUCAUGAUCUGUGGGAUCCUGUACGUCAUCAAGACCGUCUACGAAGACGACGAUAGCGAAGCCACCGGGAAUAAAAUCGACUACAUCUACAACACGGAGCUGAGCAAAGACGGCUAUCUGGACAUCCCCUUCCCCAACUCAUACCAGUAUAUCGCUGCCGUGGAUUACAAUCCCAGAGACAAUCUGCUCUAUGUGUGGAAUAACUACCACGUGGUCAAGUAUACGCUGGAUUUCGGAGUCCUGGACAACAGGCUAGAAUCUUCCUCCUCGGGAAACGUUUUAAUGGAUACAACAAUGACACGCACCACGACUCGCCCCGUCACCAUCACCAUGACGACUGCCUCCGCCUCCACCACCACCACCAUGACAACCACCACCAGAUCUCCCGCCACGACGGCAGCAGCCCCGCGCAGCACCACGACAGACCGGCAGCCGGCGGCUCUUCCCGAGGUCACGGCGCGCUCCGAACCAUCCUCCGUCCUGCCCAACAUCGCUGUGGAGUUCUGCAGCCCCGUCACCGACUCCUCCAUCACCUGGCCCAAAACACGCCAGGGCCUCGUCGCCAAGCAGCCCUGCCCACCGGGAACCAUCGGUAAGUUUCAACAGUCCAGAGCAGCCAUGUAUGAGUCUGUGGAAGUGCAGCAGACGAGCGACACACAGCGGGCCAGAGUAACGUGUGGUUUUUUGUGGGCUGUGAUCUGCUGUUGUUCUUCUACAUGUGUGAACAUCAUCAACCAGAAGAUUCGAGCGGGUGAACCUGCUGCCAUAAUCUCCCGUGAGCUUUCUGAACAGACCAAGGGUCAUAUGCAUGCGGGUGACAUCACCUACACCGUCCGGGCCAUGGGUCACCUGAUCGACCUGCUGGACGUCCAGCUCAGGAAUCUCACCCCUGGAGGAAAGGACAGCGCUGCCCGGAGCCUCAACAAGCUGCAGAAAAGGGAGCGUUCGUGUCGAUAUUUUGUCCAGGCGAUGGUGGAGACGGUGAAUAACCUGCUGCAGCCGCAGGCGAGGACGGCGUGGAUGGAGCUCUCGAGCGGAGAUCAGCUGCGUGCCGCCACCAUGCUGCUGGACACCGUCGAGCAGGGCGCCUUCGUGCUCGCAGACAACCUGCUGAAGACCGACGUCGUGCAGGAAAACACCGAAAACAUCCAGCUGGAGGUGGCGAGGAUGAGCACAGACGGAAAUCUUCCCGAUCUGAAGUUUCCACAGACGGGAGGACAAGGGAACGCCAUCCACCUGUCCGCCAACACCCUCAAACAGCACGGCAGAAACGGGGAAAUCCGGAUGGCGUUCGUCCUGUACAAGCAUCUGGGUUCGUAUCUGUCCACUGAAAACGCCAGCAUGAAGUUCAGCAGCGAGACGUUAAACACAAACUACUCUGUCAUCGUCAACUCUCCCAUUAUAACGGCAGCCAUCAACAAAGACAGUAACAAAGUCUACCUGUCCGACCCCGUCAUAUUCACCGUGCGCCAUAUUCAGCAGUCUGAGGAGAAUUUCAACCCCAACUGUUCAUUCUGGAGCUACUCGAAGCGCAGUAUGACGGGCUUCGGUCGCGCGCAGGACUGCCGGCUGCUGGGAACCAACCGAACACACACCACCUGCUCCUGCACACACCUCACCAACUUCGCUGUGCUCAUGGCUCACGUGGACGUGGAGACAGUAGAGCCGGUUCAUGGUCUGCUGCUGGACAUCAUCACGUGGGUGGGGAUCCUGCUGUCUCUGGUCUGUCUGCUCGUCUGCAUCUUCACCUUCUGCUUCUUCCGCGGCCUGCAGAGCGACAGGAACACCAUCCACAAGAACCUGUGCAUCUCGCUCUUCAUCGCUGAAACACUCUUCCUCACUGGCAUCAACCGCGUGGACCAGCCCAUCGCCUGCGCCGUCUUUGCGGCUCUGCUGCAUUUCUUCUUCCUGUCUGCGUUCACGUGGAUGUUUCUGGAAGGCGUUCAGCUCUACAUCAUGCUGGUUGAGGUGUUCGAGAGCGAGCAUUCACGCAGGAGGUAUUUCUACCUGGCCGGAUACGGCAUUCCUGCGCUCAUCGUGGCCGUUUCUGCCGCAGUGGAUUACCGCAGUUAUGGGACGGACAGAGUGUGCUGGUUGCGAUUGGACACUUAUUUCAUCUGGAGUUUUAUAGGCCCCGCCACACUCAUCAUCAUGCUGAAUGUGAUCUUCCUGGGAAUCGCUCUCUACAAGAUGUUCCACCACACCGCCAUCUUGAAGCCAGAUUCUGGUUGCCUUGACAACAUCAAAUCGUGGGUAAUCGGAGCCAUCGCUCUGCUCUGUCUGCUGGGCCUGACCUGGGCGUUUGGCCUGAUGUACGUUAACGAGAGCACGGUGAUCAUGGCGUACCUCUUCACCAUCUUUAACUCGCUGCAGGGCAUGUUCAUCUUCAUAUUUCACUGCGUCCUGCAGAAGAAGGUGCGUAAAGAGUACGGGAAGUGUCUGCGGACUCACUGCUACAGCGGGAAGAGCGUGGAGUCGUCUAUGGGUUCGGUGAAGAGCUCGUCGUCGCGCGGCCCGGGACGAUACUCCUCCGCGUCGCAGGUUCAUCACCCGCCUUGUAUGACAAACUCGUCACAGUUACAGUAUGAGCAAAGCCGAAUCCGCCGCAUGUGGAACGACACGGUGAGGAAGCAGUCUGAGUCUUCAUUCAUGGCUGGAGACAUUAACAGUUCAGCCACACUCAACAGAGGUGCCAUGGCCAAUCACCUCAUCCCAAACUCUCUGCUGCGCGCUCACGCCUCUAACAACCCCUAUAACACCUUACUGGGCGAAUCAGCCAUCUAUAACAACCCCACCCUCAGCAUGUACAACGCUCAAGAGCCCUACAGAGAGACAAAGGGAAUCCUGAACAAUGCUCGGGAUACAAGUGCCAUGGAUACUCUACCACUGAAUGGUAACCAUGGCAACAGCUACAGCUUGGCCAGCGCCGAUUACAUGAGCGACUGCGUGCAAAUCAUCGACCGCACGUACAACGUACACAAAGAGACCACGCUGGAGAAACGGAUCCUGAAAGAGCUCACCUCCAACUACCUGCCCACCUACCUGAACAACCACGGCCACACGGCCGAGCACGGACGCAACCUCAUGAACAAGUUAGUUAACGAAGUCAGCAACGGAGGCGGGGUCAAAGACUCGCCCAUGCUGCCCGUCAAUCUGGCGUUGGGUUUGGACGACUCUGCGUCUUUCCCACACGAGGACAGUCUAGGGCUGGAGCUGAUCAGGGAAGAGUCCAAUGCACCCUUGCUUCCGCCGCCACGCCACAUCCAGCCUCUUCCCUCCACCUUCAGCUCAGCCUCUUCAUUGAGGCGGCGCCUUCCGCAAGAAAACAGCGAGAGUUUCUUCCCUCUGCUGACAGAGGAGCAAACGGAAGAGACUCCAUCGCCACAGAGAGACUCGCUCUACACCAGCAUGCCAACGCUGCCCAACCCUGAACGCUCCGACAUGCAUUCGCUGCCCCACGGCGGUGACACACACACACUCCCCAGAAGUGGGGAGCCAGAUGACGUUUACUAUAAGAGCAUGCCCAACUUGGGCUCGCGUAACCAUCUGCACCAGCUGCAUAGCUACUACCAACUAGGCCGCGGCAGCAGCGACGGCUUUAUCGUUCCCCCCAAAGAUGAGCUUUCGCCCGAAGAAAGGCCGCAAGAAACCGCACACAUGGUAACCAGCCUAUAGAUGGUGCUGAACGCCCUUGCAUUCACACCCAUAACCCCUCGCCCAAUGACAUCUCGACCUCCGCUGGCUCUUCUACGUUUCCGUACCGUUCCGUUGUCCGCAGUUGUUCACUUUUGCUUUUCCGUGUCCGCAGAGAAAUGAACUACAGCAACAAACCUUGGGAGGCGAUUUUGUAUUCUGUUCAGGAGAGGAUUAUGGGUACUCUUGCUUGUUGAGGAAUGAAACCUGACGUCUUUUGGAUCCUAUUGGCAGUGGACUUAUACUUCAAGAAAGAAUGGACCCGAAAACUGAUUUGCUGUAUAACCUUGCGGGGCAGUGUGAGAUUUUGUGGGUUUUUUACUCUCUGCAACCCUGAAGGAAUACAAAUAACUGCCAGAAACAUUGUUAGUAGCUCAGCGCGUCUAGUCAUCACCAAUCAAGUCUGUAACUCGAAAACUAUUUUAAUAUCUUCUGUAUCCAUAUUUGCUUUUUAAAUAUUUUUCUUCUUCUCAUGUGGUGAAAAGCAGCACAUUUUUGCGACGAAGAAGAACAUCUUCACCACACUCUCUUGGGUGUCAUUUCUGUUCUUUGCUGUAUUAAUAACAAAUAUUGAGAAGCGGGGGAGGAACUAAUACUCGAGAAUUCUACAAUGUUUCUAUGUAAAUGUACAGACACUAGUGUUACACAGGAUAGUGCUUAUUCUGUUCCUACGCCCUCCGCUUCCGUAACCAUGGUGAUUUCAGAUCAUUUCCUUUCUCUCCCGAUGGUCUCAUCCUCAACGACAGGUUUUGAUCCCUUGCUCUUUUUUAUUAUAUAUUUUACAUUCACGUCUUCAUUUCAGUAUGAAUAAUGGCAAGUAGAACAAAACAAAUGAAUGGACAGACAAAGAAUUCAUAUUUUUCCUCAUUCUCUUUGAUUUAUAGACUCCCGUUUGUAGAUGAAUGAAGAAAGGAAACAUAAUGUUGAAAAUAUGUUGCCAUUUUGGAGUAGAAAUAUGAAAAGUAUUGCGCUAUAUGAUCAAUGGAGGUUGUUUUCAUUCAUACCUUCUAUUUGCUUUCAUUUUUUUUUUUUUUUUUUUUGUUGGUAUGGUGGAGAAUACAUUAUUUAUUUCACUAAAAAAAGUACAACUUAUUCUGCAAAAUGUCUUGGGGUAAAAUUAAUGCAGCACAUAUUAUAAUUUUUAUCAUUACAAAUAUGAUUUUAUUUAUUCUUUUAUGCGUUUAUUUUGUAUUUUCUUUCUCCUGUGGUUGAAUGACCUCUCACUAAUAUUUGUUGUAACAGUGAAACUUGUUUGCCAACAAAUAAAUGACUGACGGAGUGAAGCCGAGA